AUGGAUACAAAAGUACCAGAAAUGCAACUGAAAAUAGCUAAUGAUCUCAAGCUAGUACAUCAAAGUAUUGAAAAUGAAAACUUCAAGGAAACAAGCAAAAACAACCCUAUGCUAGAAAAAUUAACAGGAGUGGAAACAAAAAUAAGUGAGAUUCAAUUGAAAAUGAACAAUGACCUCAAACAAGCGCAUCGAAAUGAAAGUGAAAAAGAAACUUUCAAGGAAACACGUAACAACAAAACUGGAGGAAGCCCAACAAACCUCAAUGAAAAUGAAAUGAGCAAGAACAGAAACUCACAAGAUGAGAUGAAAUAUGACGUUCACAUAAUAGGCUCAUCAAUAGUAAAAGGACUUGUACCAAACAGAAUUUAUAGAAAUACAAGAGUAACAACAUUGAAUGACAAAACUAUUGAAGGAGCUAUAGACUUUGCCAACAGUGGGAAAAUCCACGAAAAACAUAUUGUUUACCAAAUUGGCUCAAACAAAUUAGAUGAAAAAAGCCCUGAUGAAGUACUAGAAGAAAUGGAAGCCUUGAUAGAUGUCACUAACAAUGUGCUAAAAAAUCCAAGCAUUACAAUUGGAGAGAUACUCCCUCGCUUCUAUAAUAACAGUGAAAAAUCAAAAUGUUUCAAUGAAAAAAUGCAAAUGUAUAAUAUACUAUUGAAAGACUAUUUUAAAGAAAAGGGUAUUAAUGUUAUAAGAUAUAAUAUGCAUUUUUCAAAUAUGUAUGAUGGGAUUCAUUUGAACGAAUCAGGUAUAAAACACUUUGUACGGUGUAUGAAAGAGGUUAUGAACCAUAUUUUAGGUAUAGUGUAUGUAGAUAAAACAGAUACAAAUAUUAGAAAAAAUACCCCAGUGUACUCAAAAAAUUUUGGUCAACAAAAAUUUGGUUAUAACGAUACUAGAGAGCAACAAAGCUCAGGUUAUAAAGAAAAUAGAGGUCAAUAUAACACAGGGUACAAUAAUAAUAGAGGUCAGCAAAGUUCAGGUUAUAACAACAAUACAGGGUAUUAUGACAAUAGAAAUACUCAAAACUAUGGAUACAAUGGCAAUAAGCAGUAUCAAUCACCAGAGUUUAAUAAGAACUCAAACAUGUAUAGUGGUCAAGGUAGCACACAUAGUCAAGGUAUGGCUGAAAGAGAUUUUAUAUAUAUGAUGGAAACAAUGCUCCAAAAUGUAAGAGGAAGGUUCUGA